AUGGCAAAUCAAGAAGGUGACACGCCGAUCAAGGAGUCAUGCAUAUCUGAGGAUCAGCGCCGGAGCAGCUCGGCAUCUAUCGGCAGCAAAGCUGACACAUGCCGGCACUGCGAGGCUAUCUUGGGCAAGAGGCACUUCAAUCCGCGUCACCAGUGUCGCUUGUGCUGUGCUAUGGUUUGUGGGAGCUGCUCCCCCAACCUGGUGCAGCUGGAUACUGGGCAGCCGACCCAACGAGUUUGCAAUCCUUGCGUGGCAAUUGUCACGCAGCAGUUGGAUCUCACGUCCAGACUAGACCGACUUGCGCGACACUUGCGAUCUCAAGCAGGACAGGAUGAGGAGGUGGCGUUAGCCUCGCGCAAUGUGGAGGAGGCCUUGCAGAAGUGUGAGUCCUUGGAACCGCUCUUAGCCGAGGAGCGCUUGCGGCUUUUAACAAAGGUAGAGGAGGCCGAGAAGAUUAAGUAUUUUCAGAAGCUAUUGAAGACCCAGGCGGAGGAAGCCUCAAAGCUCCCAGAAGACAACCACCACGAGGAGCGCUUUGCAUCUUCGACGCCCGAACGGAUUGACUUUAGCUACAAGGAUGUGGCGCCAGAGAGUGCUGCGCCUGGUGCUUUGAAUGGUUCAACUGCUACGGCGGCCGAUUCGGAGGAGGUCAGACUUCAACAAGCGUGCAAACUACAACUUCCUGUCGAGUCCAUGCAGUCUCCAUCCACACGCGCGACCUCCUCAUCUCCACUCGGAGGAUAUGUGGCGUCGCCCUCGGGGUCACAGAGACGUGCGGAGAUCGCAGCCAAAGCCCGAGAAGCCUUCCAGCGCAGUCCGCCUGAGACGCCGACAGCCUCGCCAGGUUCUCGGAAGGCAGGUGGCCGGCGUACAGCACAACGUGACAACUUGGCGGAGAGGGCAUAUCAGAGAUAUCAAGAGGCAUGGCAGAAUGACUUCUGA